AUGGCCGUAGGGGAUUUUCUCAGCGUUCAGCCGUCAGAACUAAAGUUCUCUUUUGAAUUGAAGAAGCAGAGCUCGUGCUGUAUGGAGUUGUCAAACAAGACAGAUCAAUAUAUAGCAUUUAAGGUGAAAACAACCAACCCCAAAAACUAUUGUGUUCGCCCGAAUGCCGGUGUUGUUCUGCCAAACUCCAUCUGCAAUGUCACAGUCACUAUGCAAGCCCAGAAAGAGGCUCCACUCGAUAUGCAGUGCAAGGAUAAGUUUCUUGUUCAGAGUGUGAUUGCUCCACAAGGCACUACCAAUAAGGAAGUUAUCCAAGAAAUGUUUUCGAGGGAAGAUGGGAAAGUAGUUGAAGAGAUUAGGUUAAAAGUCGUUUAUUUUCCAGCUAAUCCUCCAUCCCCUGUCCCUGAAGGAGACGAGGAAGAGACUUCGACUGGGACGUCUUCGGCUGAGGAUGAGAUUCGGAAGCCCAUGUUGUCUGAGGUUUUCAGUCUACUUAUUACUGUCGUCUCAAAGUUGAACGAGGAGAAAGCAUCUGUUACUAAACAGAAUCAAAGGCUCCUCAGAGAAUUGGAAUUGAUCAAAAAGCAAACGAGAAAAGGGCAAGGCAGUGGCGUGUCUUAUGUAGUGCUGGUGUUCGGUCUGCUUUUAGGUAUUUUGGUUGGAUAUUUAAUCGGGAAAUAA